AUGACUAAUCCAAGCCGUCCGAAAAAACAGUCGACGUUUCUAGAUGUUUUGCAGCUUCAGGAGAGAGACAAAGAACUAGCAGAAAUAAUUUAUUAUAUAAAAUCGUUUAUCAAAAAGCUAGAGUUUUGGGAACAAAACUUAAGAGAUGGCAAUACCAGUCAUUUUCGUGUUAUUUCAGAAAAAAUAUCUCAAAGUCCAUUAGAACCAUAUGACAGUGAAUAUUAUGUAGAAAUAGUCUCUAAGGAUAAUUUCAAAAAUCGUGUCAAGGAUUUCAACGAAAUUGCUAUGGUGGUGCAAUUUGUUGUUUCACCCUUCAUGGAAAUUGAUAUCCAGCAGUUUGCAGCUUCUGUUUCGCAGAAUUUUAGCGACGACAUCGCUGCGACAGGGAUGGAAUUUCAUGAUUUUUUCAAUGGUUUGAUCGGUAUGGAUAACUUAGAAGAAUUACAGGCAAGACUCUUAUUUCAAGAAGGGUUUCUUGUGACACCGUAUGCAAAAAUCAAGUUGCUUUAUCAAAAACCUAAGAAUAAUUUGAAUUUUGUUACCAUCGAACCUCGCACUGAGCUUGUCAUAAAAGUUAAAACAUCCAUAAGCGAUGGCGAAAUUAUUAUACCCCACCAAAAAAUCCAUAAUUGUGAAAUACCGGAAUGCUUGACUAUUGCGAAAGAUAGUUAUGCUUUGACGACCUUACUGAACAAUACGACAGAUACCGUUACACUCGACUUUUCUGAACCCCUUUCUGUUGAACCAUUUUACCAGUCUAUACAUCCGACGAUAUGUCAAGAAUUUGAUCUUAAUAAUAUCAACGAUUCUCCAGAAAAUAAACUAGACUAUUCCAAAAUUAGAGUAGACCACCUAAAUUCAGAAGAACAGUCCGCAAUCCUCAAACUUUGCAAAGAAUUUUCGGAUAUAUUUUAUCAUAUUAGCUACCCCAAUUUAAACCCUGAACUAGACGAUAUCUCAAUGAUUGUCAACUUGGACAAUGAAACAGAUCAACCUGACUGUCAGGAACUUCCUACCGUUGACAAUACAAAUACUGACAAAGAUAUAAUCAAUGAAACAGAACAAACUGACUACCACGAACUUCCUUUUGUUAUUGACAAAACCAAUACUAAUGAAGACGAACUUGACAAGGAUGAUGAAACCCGGCACUCUAAUAAUCAACACCCGGUUGUUACAAUUCCUAUAUCAGACCAACCAUUGAACUUUGGCCAAAAUCAGAUCUUGAUUCAACGGGCAGUCUUAAACAUAACGCAAGAACAUCUGUUCAGCCAUUUAGAGCAGUAUUCUCUCAUAAUUAGAGGCAAAGAUGAUGCCAGAACACGUGGAAGAUAUUCGCAGUAA